UUUGCAAAUGACAGUCAGUACAGAAAUUGUGAAAAGUUUUUAGUGCAUUGAAAAUACGCCUAAAUUAGUGCGAAUUCGAAAUUUUUUUGCUAAAAUUUUGCAUCACUUAGGAUGCGAUAGCCCCCGCCAAAGGUAUUACACAGCACCAGUCUGCAAAUUCGCUCAUCCCAACGAAAUUGCCACACCGGAGGAGUAGGAGCAAAAAAAACCAUUGACCCCUUCAGUCUAUUCGGUUCAAAUCGAAGUGCGUUUGUGUGUGGUUGUUCUUGUACGGUUUUGGAGAGGGACUGCGACGAGAAAUAAAUUAACGCGGGGAUAAAGCCCUUAUUACCAAGGAAUUUGGGCACCGAGGAAUACACCGCGACCAUGAUGGAGCCGACUCAAGCGGAACCGUCGCGUCCAUCGACUUCCGCUGCGUCCUCCAUCGGAAGAAAGCGAAAGAUUUCCAGCGAUGAAUACACCUUCGAUCAGCCAAAUAUGAAGAUCCUUUCGGUGGAACUGUCCGAUAUCGAGCUGCAAGUGUCACUGAUGGAUCUCAGCGACGAGAUACUUAUGGAAAUUUUCCUUAACCUGGACAGCGACAGUUUAAUAUCCCUCUCGGAGUGCUGUCUUCGAUUGAACAACUUCAUCAAGGAUAAGAAGCUCUGGACUAAGGCAGAUUUCAGCGAGUCGCAACUAGGUGUACAGGAACUACUGCGUAAAAUAAAACAUCUGCAAGUGGAAACUCGUUCACUGAAAAUACGCGGAUUGACCAGCUUGUACCCAUUAGAUAAAUGGAAAACACCCACGUUGACUGCUAAUUUACUAGCACAAAUAAACAAACGCUGUCCGCAGUUGGAGCAUUUUGAAAUUACCGAGGGUUACAUGGACACAAACAAUAUGGCAAUCAUUUCGUUUCCGCCCAGCAUUCAGACACUGGUUUUUAGGAAAUGCGAGGCAGAUCGCUCGAUGGCGUCCGAGAUACGAAUGGGAUUUCUGUCCAAGAUUGACAGAACUUUGCAAAAACUAGAGGAACUAACAAUAGAAUACUGUAGUUGGUUUGAUACACAUGACUUUAUGGCCUUGUCAAAGGUACCACAUUUGCGCUAUCUUAGUCUUAAAGGUUGCGCCAACAUGAAGGAUAGCGUUCCAUACGCUAGCAUCGCCACGAGAUUUGGAUUUAAAAAACUAGAGAUCCUAGACCUCCGCGACACCCCGAUAUCUGAUUCCGACGUGAGCUGCUUCAACAUAGUUCAAUCGCUGAAAGAAUUACUGCUAGAAUGCCCGGAGUAUUUGCGUACCGAGCGCGGCCUGAGUGAGUACAACGAGGCAGAACGGCAAAGGGUCGAACAGCUUCGGCGAAUAGCGAAUCAGGAUAUCAUAAAUCCUCACAACAGACGUCAAGACCAAGCCGGUGAUGGAGCUAACGUUCCAGAUAUUGUUCAACAAUUGGAAGGGGAGAACGUUGCAGAACCGGCUCCACCUCCGCGGCCUCCUCGACCGCAUUUUUUAGGUGAAGGGCGUAACGUAUUUCGCUUUGUUAAUCGCCACUUCUUCCCUAACUUGCAUGAGAAUCGUGAAAAUCUUAUCCGCAUUAUCAAUCGUGUGGAAAUGGAUCCGCCAGAGGAGCAACCAGAACAGCAGCCGGCUAACAAUCAACCCCCACCACCUCCGCCUCCACCGGCGAACGAAGAACAAUUGCAGCGACCACCAGUCCCAGUUCAACAAGCGCCACUGCCACCUUUGCCAGAGAAUCCGGAAAUCCGGCAGCGUCACGUGCGCAUAGUCUAUAACAACCGACGCAACAUCAUACGCAUCAUCAAUCACCUAGAACGAAACAAUAAUGACGAGGAUAACAAUAAUGAAUUGCAGUUCCCUCAGGUCAUGCCACGCCCAGUUGAAGCUGCAUACCAGCAAAUAUUCGAAGCUGGUAACAGGGACCGGGUUGAAAAUGGCCCAGUCGAAGGACCUGCUGCAGGUCCAGCUGUUCCUGCGAAUGAAGAACAUCAGCAAGCGCAAGAGAGGCCUGUGAACGGUGUAGCUGAAGAAGCAGCCGACGUGAAUGACAAUGCCAAUGGAAAUGCUGAAAACGGCGAAGGGGAGGCACCUGCUGAAGCAGAGGCACAGGAUCCACAACCACAGGAGGAUAUGAAUGUCCGCGUCAUCCUCCACGGUGCCUUCCAGAACAACCACCCUAGAAUAAUGCCUCACGUAAUCAUCGUCCGGGGCGUGGAAAAUAACAACCCGGUCGCCGAGGUAGCAGACAACCAGCAGCGACCAGCGAACGCUUUCUAUCAGUAUCUCAACCUAGGACCGGGAGCACCCGGACCAAACUAUGUAUCACUGGUAAGCGAUCGAGGCAUCUGCGCGUAUGGUGUGUCCCGACAAGAGCUCGGUGGAGCUGCAUUCAUUCGUGAGUACUUUAGGCCCAAUAUGAGCAGCCUGGAGCGGCUGCUUGUGCGGAACUACAAAUUGGUUACGGACACUUCAUUGGAUCACCUGGAAUCGGCUGCACCAAACCUGAAGCUUCUGGACGUUUCCGGUACCUCAGUUACAGCGGAAGGUGUGCGUAACUUCAAACUAGCACGACCCAACUGUACUAUAUUGUCGGAUUUUGAGUAGAGUGUAAGAGUCGCACGUUGACUAACUUAAAUUAAUGGCUGGGUAGCACUGUGCGCAUGUUUUUUAAACGCUAUUUUUUUUUAUUUUAGAUUGCCUUUGAUAUGAAAAUACUACAAAAUUUCCUAUGUGUUUGCCUAUCAAAGUGUCAGGAAAAUUUGAUGUUUGUCAGAAGUCCGCUUCAAUGCAAUGACCCGCUUUUUUAAAAAAAAAAAGAUUUUUAAGUUACGAUGAGGAUUUAUUUAAAAUUUUCUGAAAUAAAAUAUGAUACAUUUCAU